UGCAACGCAAAGUAACUGUUACAUUUUUUGUGGCAGAUGCUGGCUUUUCCAGCAGCUGUGAUAUGAAAUUGAUUGGAUAGAAAUGUACAGAUCUGAAUGAAGUCAGCUUUACAACAUGAGAAGGCAAGAAAUGUGACUUCAUGCAGGCGACUUUACAGUAAAUAUAUUGGGGUAUAGCAUGGCUGUCACUAUGGCAACGAGCGCUGUUCCCAGCGACAAUCUCCCCACGUAUAAGCUGGUCGUGGUGGGGGAUGGGGGAGUGGGGAAGAGUGCUCUCACCAUUCAGUUCUUUCAGAAUAUCUUUGUCCCUGAUUACGACCCCACCAUCGAGGACUCCUACCUCAAACACACUGAGAUUGAUGCCCAGUGGGCCAUAUUGGACGUUCUGGAUACAGCAGGCCAAGAGGAGUUCAGUGCUAUGAGGGAACAGUACAUGAGGACCGGGGACGGGUUCCUCAUCGUGUUCUCUGUCACAGACAAGGCCAGCUUUGAACAUGUGGACCGCUUCCAUCAACUCAUCCUCAGGGUGAAGGACCGGUGGGAUUUACUACUUAACUUCCCACUGGUGGCCGUGGCCAGGACAAGGGAUCAGGGGAGGGAGAUGGAUAGUAAACACAGUAUAGCUUACAUUGAAACAAGUGCUAAGGACCCAGCCAUGAAUGUUGACAAGGCAUUCCACGAGUUAGUUAGGGUAAUCAGGCAACAGAUUCCAGAGAGGAGCCAGAAGAAGAAGAGGAAAACCAAGUGGCGGGCCGACAGGUCCACUGUCUCCCACCGACUGCACUGCACCCUCUACCCUGGCACAUGAGUUAGGUAGUAGGGAGUUGCCCAGACAUGGGAUGUGACUGACUCGCCCUAAAAGGACCAGUGGAAUAAUUUACAGCUCUUCUGGGGAUGUGCACUAACUUACUCAACAACAUGGAGAUAAAGUGGCAUCACUUUAGCAUUACUGCCUUUAUCUACCAAUGAAGCUCUUUGACAGAGAAACUGGACAUAUGGGCUCACAAAGAUAAUCUGUAAAUAAUUAGACAUACUGUAAGUUUUACUAAGAGGUAGGCCUUUAAACAUUGUUUUACCAAGAGGUAGGCCUUUAAACAUUGUUUUACCAAGAGGUAGGCCUUUAAACAUGGUUUUACCAAGAGGUAGGCCUUUAAACAUUGUUUUACCAAGAGGUAGGCCUUUAAACAUUGUUUUACCAAGAGGUAGGCCUUUAAACAUGGUUUUACUAAGAGGUAGGCCUUUAAACAUGGUUUUACUAAGAGGUAGGCCUUUAAACAUGGUUUUACCCAGAGGUAGGCCUUUAAACAUUGUUUUACCAAGAGGUAGGCCUUUAAACAUUGUUUUACCAAGAGGUAGGCCUUUAAACAUUGUUUUACUAAGAGGUAGGCCUUUAAACAUUGUUUUACCAAGAGUUAGGCCUUUAAACAUCGUUUUACCAAGAGGUAGGCCUUUAAACAUCGUUUUACCAAGAGGUAGGCCUUUAAACAUUGUUUUACCAAGAGGUAGGCCUUUAAACAUUGUUUUACCAAGAGGUAGGCCUUUAAACAUUGUUUUACCAAGAGGUAGGCCUUUAAACAUUGUUUUACUAAGAGGUAGGCCUUUAAACAUUGUUUUACUAAGAGGUAGGCCUUUAAACAUGGUUUUACUAAGAGGUAGGCCUUUAAACAUUGUUUUACUAAGAGGUAGGCCUUUAAACAUUGUUUUACUAAGAGGUAGGCCUUUAAACAUGGUUUUACUAAGAGGUAGGCCUUUAAACAUUGUUUUACUAAGAGGUAGGCCUUUAAACAUUGUUUUACCAAGAGGUAGGCCUUUAAACAUUGUUUUACCAAGAGGUAGGCGUAUAAACAUUGUUUUACCAAGAGGUAGGCCUUUAAACAUCGUUUUACCCAGAGGUAGGCGUUUAAACAUUGUUUUACCAAGAGGUAGGCCUUUAAACAUCAUUUUACCCAGAGGUAGGCCUUUAAACAUGGUUUUACCCAGAGGUAGGCCUUUAAACAUCGUUUUACCCAGAGGUAAGCGAUUAAACAUUGUUUUACUAAGAGAUAGGCCUUUAAAACUUGGUCCAUGUUUUCAUUAAGAUGGAGGCCAUUGAGUAAAGCACUGGAAAGAGGGAGGAAACAGAGAGCUUUCCCCAGCGAGGGGGACUAUAGUAGAUAGGGGAGUGAGAGGAGGGGAGAGGAUGUAUCUGUUUGCGUUGGAAUCAGUGGGCCUGUCAGACAACAGAGAGAAGAAGGGAAAGUGAGGAAAGAGAUACAGAAAGAGAGAAAGAGAGAUUCCAAAUGCAUAGCAGCUGGCAAAGGGACUCCAGACAUUGUGUCAAAGCCUGGGAGGCAGCCAAUGUGUAGCCCCAUAGCUUAUACAGGGAGAAUGUCUUUAUAAUCUCUGAACAAGACUGUUAUAUAACUGCAUUGUAGAUUAUUGAACGCACCAAAUGUCUUAUUUGAAUGUACAUUUAUGAACCUUGACAAUUUUGACUUAUCAGUGCUCACUGGAUGUAGUUGUUUACUUCUCAAAACACUUUAAACACACAAUUGUGGUGUGUGUGUGUUUGUGUGUGCAUGAGUGCCCUGGAUAUGUUGUGGCCUAGACGAUGAAAUCAAAUUUUCACAUUUGAAUAUUAGUUUGCUUUUCUACUAUUUAUUCACUAUUUAUUUUACAUAAGUAAUUUAUAGCUGUGUUAUCAUUAGUACAUGGCUACUCCAGAGAGCACAAAGCACAGAGCUUAACUAAGAAAUUGAAGGAAGAAAACAUUUGUAAGCAAAGUAAUAAAUGUGUGUUAAUACA